AAAAACAAAGGCUUCCGGUUACAACAAUUCGAGUCAAAAGUGGGUGAAAAAUGAUAACCUCCACCGGAGCAGUAUCGAAUCUCUUCAGGCCGACGGUCGUAAGAUUCGAGGCCACCAAUGGUGCACCACCUCCGGAAAGUCACAACCGACCAACGCCAUCACCGCCUCCACCUCUAACGCCUCUGCUUUCAGUCCCCAAGCCAUCUUGGAUUGUUAGAACAGAGUCUAACGUUAGAUUAGAGAAAAGACGAAAACCAGAUCCUUCAUGUGUCGUAUGCAGAGGCAGUGGCAGAGUUGAUUGUUAUGAUUGUUGUGGAAAAGGAAGGAGGAAUAAUGUCGAGUUAACGAUGCUCCCGAAUGGGGAGUGGCCAAAAUGGUGCAAGACUUGUGGUGGUAGUGGCCUUGCCUACUGCUCACGUUGUCUCGGGACGGGAGAAUACAGGUAUCUUAUGGGGUUUCAUUUCAUGAAGAGAAACGAAGAUGAAGCUCAAGAUCGUGAUCGAGGAAAUUACAAGGUUCGUGAUCAGUUUCGAUCUCGCAAAAGUGCAGCAGAUUUGUUCCAAAAUGAUUAAAGUAUGUGGGAAAUGCAACAUUUUCUGACCUACUCCUUCCGAGGGUUCGGUUUCGAUUCUACGACUGAUAUCCUUCUGCAUCCGGUUAUGCAAAUUCCGAGUUAGAAAGAUUUCACGCACUCUACCACCGUAAGGCACUACUAUCAAUCCAAACUUCCGUUAGCUGGACGUAAAAUUAUAUUGUAAACCGAGAAUGAAAAAUUAAUGCAACUUCUCUUUAAUAAGGAAAAUCUGAAAUUUAGGUCCGAACAAAAUAGAAUUUACCAAUAGUGGUUGAA